AUGAGAGAUGUCACCUUGGAAUGCUUAAAGGAUACGAAUAAUGAUAAGCGUAAGCGCGUUGUCGGCGUUUUGCUCGGUUCCACUUUCAAAGGCACCGUCGACGUUACCAACAACUACGCCGGUUUGGAUCUGUCUUUCUCUUUUUUCCAUUACCGCAUCCUUUACUCUAUCGUUAUUGGAGUUGUUGCGAGGAUUUAUGCCCUAAUUUUAUCGCGCUAUGUUCCAAAUCCUGCUCUGGUUAUUAUUGACGUUGAACCCAAGGAAUUGGGAAUCCCAACAAAAGCAUAUUAUGCCGUGGAAGAAGUCAAAGAGAAUGCUGCCCAAAAAAGUCAAAAGGUUUUUGUUCAUGUGCCAUCAGAGAUUGCAGCUCAUGAAGUUGAAGAAAUAGGAGUGGAACAUUUGCUUAGAGAUGUGAAGGAUACAACCAUUAGCACCCUUGCAACAGAGGUUUUGGAUGCAAGACUUAAAGAGAUAAGGAGUUACCUUGACCUUGUUAUUGAUGGAAAGCUUCCAUAA